CCUAGCCUCACCUGGGCAAGAAGGGCGGGGCGGGAAGGUGAUGCGAUGGGAUGGGCAGCCCGCCGAGCCAAUCAGGGGCGGGCGCCCGCUCACCUGCGCGCCGCGCUCUGGCCUGGCUCAGUCGGGUGCGCGGCGGCGAUGGCGCGCGGGUUCCUCUGGCGGUGCGGCUGCCUCCUCUUCCUCUGGUCCUUGAUAUCAGCCCAGCAGUCACAGGUGACAGUCGUUGAAGUUCCUGAGAACAGCGAUGCACGUUUGCCUUGCAAAGCACAGCAGGGCUCCCCAAAGCGCGUAGAGUGGAAAUUUGAGAAGGAUGGCAUCCCCGCUUUUGUCUACUAUGAGAACGCUCUCACAGACGCCCACAAAGACCGUGUUACUUACUAUCCCAAUGAGCUCUAUUUCAAGUCGGUAACUCGCAAAGACUCAGGCUUAUAUACCUGUGAGGUCAUUGGCUCUGCGCUUUCUCAAUCCAGAGUUCAACUCGUUGUUCAAGUCCCACCCUCGAAGCCUAAGGCCCGGGUGCCCUCAGUGGUCACCAUUGGCAACAAAGCUGUCCUCAGCUGUGUGGAGACAGAUGGAUCCCCACCUCCGACUUUCAAGUGGUUCAGAGACAACAUCGAAAUGCCCACGGACUCCAAAACCAACUCCCUGUUCAAGAAUUCAUCCUACACGCUCGACACCCAGACGGGGGUGCUGACUUUUGAGCCUGCGACUGCCUUUGACACUGGAGACUACUACUGCGAGGCAGCGAACAACGUUGGGUCUCCGCAGAAAUCUGACACUGUGCGUAUGGAGACCAGUGAAGUCAACGUGGGCGCUAUCGUGGCAGCCGUGGUGGUGCUUCUCAUUGUACUAGCGCUGUUGAUCUUUGGUAUCUGGUUUGCCUACAGUCGGGGCUUCUUCAGCAGUAAGUGGCCAGCUGCUAAGAAGGUCAUUUACAGCCAGCCUUCUACCCGAAGUGAUGGUGAAUUUAAACAGACGUCUUCCUUCUUGGUCUGAUCUCCACCUUCAUCUUGCCUUGCAGCGUGUAUUAAAACCUAACCCCUUUCUCCUCUGAGGCUGUUGUAAAUGAUCCUUAUGAAUCUUUGUAAUUAAGUCUGAUUUUUAAACUUUUUUUUUUUAAAAAAAAGAUUUAGUGUGCCUUUAUGACUUUUUAAAAAAAAAUACCAGCGCCUUAAAUGUUUUGUCAUCACUCUGCUGAAGAACAUCCUUUAAGAAUAUUAUUCUCAUAAGGGAUUCUGGAUAGUGCAAUCCUAACCAUGUCUGCUCAGAAGAGUAAGUCCAACUCUUGUUGUUUUGUAGAGAUUUGGUAAAAUUUACCUUGCUGGUCUGUGUGCCUUAAACUUGAGAUCACUACCAUGUGUGUCUUUAUAAAUAUUAUUGUGACAGUCUUGUAUAAUUUUAUAUGCUGGAGAUAGAACUGAAAAUAAACUUGUUCUUUUGUUUGAA